GUAUAAUGUAUCAAUGAGUAUUCAAAGCAGAGUAGUAAUAUCGAAUAUGAAUUAGGUUCCUUUGUUCCUAAGGACUUAACUUGACUAAUAACUUAUUGGAUUUGUUUAGAAUAAUUAUGUUUAAAGUGAUUUAGGUGAUUUAAAAUGUGAGACGAUGAAGUAGUUUUAAACGAAUAUAUUUUUUAAUUAAUUUAAGACUGUAUUGCUGUUAUUACAUUUUGUCAUAUUGGACAAUAUGAAUCAAAUUGAAAGUUGGUUGUGAUGAGUUCGUCCCUGUUGACAAUGAUACAUAAAUAGUGAACUUCAAAAGUAUAAGAUUGAUCGAAAUAAUAUUUAUAAAAUGUCGAUUUCGAUCAAAAUUAUGGUUUUUUUAAACGAAUAAAAAUAAAAAUAUAAGGAGUAUGUAGAAAAAAAAUCUUCGAGAUAUUUAGCAUCUAUUGUGUUCACUCUAUAUAAAAUUUAUAAAAUGUUUUAUAGAAAUAUUUGUUGUUUCUAUAAACAACGUUAUAUGUUAAAAUUUGUUAUUAUAAGAUGCGUAUAUAUUUGUUAGGAAUACGUAGUUUUUACAUAAUUAACAACUAGUAUCAUACUUUAUAAGUUUUAUCUACUUACUUCUUAUAUAUGUAUCUAUGUAAAUUACGGAUAUAUGUGAAACUUCUCUUGGAAUUAUUAAACAUGUUGAACAUAAUUGAUCUUCCUGAUAUUGUGCUGGAGACUGUUCUCUCUAACCUCACUUACGAUGAAAUUUCUAGAUACAGAAUUGUAUGUAAACAAUUUGAUCGAAUUUGUAAGAAACUACUAAAUCGUGGUUUCAAUCUUAUGGAAAAAUAUCAUGCACAAUGUCUACGUGCAGUAAAAAGUCAAUUACCACGUAGAGAAUCUGAACGAAGAAGUCAUCCUUUAGCACGUCAUUGCGAUAUAUUGACAGCAAUAGAGACAAGAAUAUCGAUGUUAUCAAUGACAUUUAUCAAAUAUGUGGACUUAAACUUAUGUUGCUUCAUUCCUGGAAAAGUAAUCGAUGAAAUAUUUCGUGUCCUCCGUUUGAUUCGUGAUUCAAAGACUCCACCUAGAGCGCAUGAAAUACUGCAAGAAUUACGUGAUAUUAGUAGUAUGGCUAUGGAACACUUUGAUGAAAAAAUUUUACCAGAUUUAAAACACAGUAUUUGUACAUCUGUUGUUAGUAAUGUGGGUUCUUACGAACUGCCUGGUGGAAGUUUAAUGAUUUCACAUCAUACUGCAAGUUCAAAUAAUACUACAUUAUCGCAUAGUUAUAGUACAGAAAAACUAAACCAAACAUUUAAGAAGAUUUAUAGUCGUACUAAAAGAAAUAAAAUUUCUGUAACAUUUGUAAAAUUUGAAAUAACUAAAAUGAAAUUAAGAAUGAGAAAACAAAUGAUUCAAAUGCGAGUCCAAAAUUUGAAGCUUCAAAAACAAGCAAAGAAGAUUCAUGAUCAAGAUACACAGUUGGCAGAAAUGAGAAAGCAUCUGGAAGAAUGGGAACAAAAAAUGGGUGAUUUAACUGCUGAAUUAAGUAGGGCAAGGGAAGAAACACAAAAGCCUGAUUCUAUAGACACUUGCAAAAGAAAACAUAUUGAUAUCAUCAAUCAACGUGACUCUGAUUCCCUUCAAACAAAAGAAUUAGAAGCUAAAAAGCGUAAAUUAAUUGUAGAAAGAAAACCAUCAAAUGAUGCAAAAGAUGUCAAAUUUAAAAAGUUUAUAUCAGAUCUUCUUGCAGGAAAUACAGUAGAAGGAUACCCAUCUACUUCACACUAAAUCUUUUCUGUAAAUAGUAAGGUCUUGUUCAAAGGCAUGUUCUAUUAUAAUAUUGUUAAUUUUAUACUGUGCAUUUUGAGUUAUUAUUUAAUAAAUAUAACCAAUUAAAUUUA